AUGGAUAUUAUUUUAGGUAUUAAGGUUAGAGAUAGUGUUAUUUUGGCUACUUCAAAAGCUGUCACUAGAGGUAUUUCUAUUUUAAAGGAUACUGAUGAUAAAAGUAGAGAAUUAUCAAAGCACAUUUUAAUGUCAUUUACAGGUGAAGCUGGUGAUACAGUCCAAUUUGCUGAAUACAUUCAAGCUAAUAUCCAAUUAUAUUCCAUAAGAGAAAAUUAUGAAUUGACUCCCCAUGCCGUUUCUAGUUUUGUAAGAAAAGAAUUGGCCAAAUCUUUAAGGUCAAGAAAGCCUUAUCAAGUAAAUGUGUUAAUCGGUGGUUAUGAUACCAAAAACGCAAAGCCUGAAUUAUAUCAAAUCGACUAUUUAGGUACAAAAGUCGAAUUACCUUAUGCUGCACAUGGUUAUUCGGGUUUCUAUACCUUUUCAUUAUUAGAUCAUCAUUACAGACCAGAUAUGUCACUUGAAGAAGGUUUGAAGUUACUAAAAUUAUGUAUCGCAGAAUUGGAUAAAAGAAUGCCUGUAGAUUUCAAAGGUGUAAUAGUGAAAGUUGUAGAUAAAGACGGUAUCAGAGAAGUUGAAAAUUAUUGA